AGCGGCAGCAGCAGCAGGUCCGCUUGUUCGGAGCCGCAGGACGGAGUGAGGAGCGGCUCAGGUUGAGGUAGGACAGCGGUCAUCACCCCAUCCACCCCGCGCUGGGCUCUAACCCUCGGAGGACCGUCUGGGGAGGUGUUUUAGACCUAAAUCAGGGAGAACAUCUUCACCAGCAGAGGAGCUUCAUCCAGCCCAGCCCGAGCGCUGUUAGCCUUAGCUCCUCGGCUCCUCUGACUCGGAACCCUGAUAACAGGUUCCCGGUGCUGUGCUGAUCAGCUCUGUUAUCUAGAGCAGAGUUACAGGGUGUUAUUGAGGAGCUGUCUCGAUCGUCUCUGUCUGGACCCAGAGGCUCAUCCUGCGUGUUUACCUGUGUUGUACUGAUCUGAGGAGGCGGUUAUCAUUGAUAUCACAGUGCAUAUCAUUCAUAAACGGUCUGUCUCUGAAAGCUUCGCUCCUGCGGACGGUUUUAUUCAUCAGAACGCAGCAGAAACUGCUUUACAGGCCGCGUUGAGCCGCAUCUGCUGUAUUAGAGAGUCAUGAACACUGGGUCGAGUGACCUCCUGCUCCUGGUGACCUCUGCCGCACAGGUUAUAUACACCUCCACAUACCCCUCAGAUGAUACCACCAGGAGGAGUCUGUCAGACUGCUGAAAUAAGGAGAGCUUACACAUUGAAAUAUGGAGUCUGCAGAAAGCUCCGUUGUUCUUCCGUGCUCCUCCGGUACUCUCAGCACUGAUUUAUUCAACAGACAAAUACAAAGCAUUACAAUCAAGGAGAGAACUCACCUCUGCCUGGAGUGCGGGAAGAGUUUUACCGAGAGAGGAACCCUUAAAGCACACCAGCGCAUCCACACUGGAGAGAAACCCUUUCAGUGUUUGGAAUGUGGGAAGAGAUUUACUCAGCUGAAUCAUCUCCAGCUUCACCACCGAUUUCACACAGGAGAGAAACCCUUUCACUGCUCAGACUGCGGGAAGAGCUUUAAUCAGCAGAGUCACCUCCGAAUACACCAGCGCAUCCAUACGGGAGACAAACCGUUUCACUGCCUGUACUGUGGCAGUAGUUUUAGUGAUAAAGGCAAUCUCAACAAACACCAGCGCAUCCACACUGGAGAGAAACCGUACUGCUGUUCAGAGUGUGGGAAGACCUUUAAGGACAGAGGUCCUUUCAAAGCUCACCAGCGCAUCCACACAGGAGAGAAACCGUAUUACUGCUCUGAGUGCGGGAAGAGCUUCAAUCAGCUGAUCCAUCUCCAAAGACACCAGCGCGUUCACACUGGAGAGAAACCGUAUUUCUGUUCGUACUGUGGAAAGAGCUUUAGUGACAAAAGUACACUAAAAAAGCACCAGAACAUCCACACGGGAGAGAAACCGUUUCAGUGCCCCAUAUGCGGGAAGAGCUUCAGUCAGCCGAGUCAUCUUCAGCAACACCAGCGCGUUCACACCGGAGAGAAACCGUUUUCCUGCUCCGACUGCGGGAAAAGCUACAGACAUUCAGGUACUUUAAAGGCGCACAAGUGCAUCAGAGUAGACUUGGAAACUCCAGACUUGUGACUGUUAUGAUCCGGAGUCGUAUUACAGAAACAUCCUCGCUCUGACUGUCUGUUUACUCACCAUGCCAACUUCAGUUAAGCUAAAUUUAGGACACGGAAUAAGUUUAUCAACUUAUAAUCUUAUCCACUCCAAACUCUUCAUGAAAUAAGAGAAUUACAUAAGAACCCUGGCUUUGGUUUCUAGUGUUGGCCCUUCUAAUGAAAAGAGAACAUGGUUAUUUUUAGGUAACUUGUCUAGUGACGAGUUCACUAACAUGUCAUUACUUUUUUUUUCUGCAGUUCAAAAAAACCCAGAAAACAAAAAUCCCAGUCAGUUAAUGUUGAUGAAAUCUUGCCAGAUCAAAUACUGCAGCGAUGUUGGCGAAAAAUGAGGCGGUAGAGCUGAACGUGUGGCUGUUUAGUAGCAGGACUAGCGCUGUGGGCAGAAAGUCUUAAAUGGAAACUGAAAAAGGUUUGACGCUCCUUUUAAACAGCAGAGGGCGCCGUCACAAAUUCUUCACUCUUCUGAUUUUGGUUACUGGAACUACCAGUUCAUUGCACUUUAGUUUUGUUUUCCCAUGUUUGUUUAACAGAUGGUAGCUGUCGGUACUGUAACAUACAUUUUGUUUUUCAGAUUUUGUCUCAGCUGUGCGCUUAUCAUUGGUUGCUUGGUAACAGACAUGAUGGAAUUAAUUAAUGACUUCUGUUGUGUGUAUUGGGAUCACCUAACUUGUGAUAAGAUGCUGUGAGAUAAAAUUUAACUUCUAAAUUAAGUUUAAAUUUGCUUCUCUAAUACAAAUUUGUGAAAAAGCUUGUCUUGACCUGUCAGAUCUGAAUUUAGAAGUAAAGAAAAACAAAAAGAAAAAAAAGUUUCUGUAAUACGGCAAGUAUUAAAAAAUGUAAUUCAUAUAAUUUAAUAUUGUGUUAUGUGUAUUUUAGCAAAGUAUUCAAAUAUGUAGAUAUAUUUAAAUAGCUGUAUUUAAAUCCAUGUAGCUGAUGUAGGCAGAUGUUAAUAUUGGAAGGACUGUUAUCCUCCCUUGUGAUUUCAUGCAUGUCUGUCUGUGAUUGUUGUCAGUUGAUCUUGUGUGGUUAUUAUGUUUUAAUUACUUUUGUGUAUGUGGAUGUAACAACGUACUAUAGUCAGUGUAAAUGUAGUAUAUCAGAGAAAGACUGAUGGGAAUGUUCUGGUAUGGAAAUGUCUGUUUACAUGAACGUCCUACCUGCUUUUAUAGACAGUCCCUUCCACUCUGCCCCAUCUUAGUCCUCACAACAGCAAAUAAACAUGGUGAAACGGCGUGAUGAGGACCGUGUGUCACCAUGUACUAGUGCUGUGGGGAAAGAGUGCUGCUCUUUAAAAACGUCACCAAAAGGAAUAAACCGAGUGAAUAUUAACAUCUAUAUAAGAAUGCUUUUUCAUAGGUUUAUAGGUUGUAUGAAAAGCUAGAUAGGUGUGUAUUGUCAUGGGUUAAAACAACAUAUCAGUGUUUUCAGCUGGAGGCAACACAAUUUGUCUUAUUUUGAACACAAAGAGUGUUAAAUCAGAAAAAGUGGCACAAAAAGUGUUAGAAUGGUCAGUUUUUAGAGUGUAUCUAGCUCACCUCUGAUAUACUUGGCUAAAUAACAGGUGAUGUAAAGCAUGAAUUUUUUUUCCAGAGUUCAUCACUUAGUUUGACAGAUAAAGCAGUGCUAGUAAAUUAAUCACUCUUAUAGAUUGCAUGUAAUGUUUGAUUAACUGUAGCCAAUGAUGCUCACAAGCUAGCCCACCAAGAAAAGACCCAGCAGGGAUGUAACACUGAUGCGACAUCUUUUUCAUGUUGGAUUCUGUUAAUGAUGUCAGAUUACCUUUUGGUUGAUAAUAUGAUGUCAGUAUAACAUUGAGACUCAGCUUGUAACUGAGUUUGUAUGUGUGUUGAAUGUUGGUCGGGCUGGCUAUUAAAAGAUUUGUGUGAAAAGUCUACAAACAUCUGUUUUAAGUAAAAAAAGGUCUAUAUUUUGGGACUAUGCUCGGGAAUAGUUA